UUGAUGUUUUUGUUUGGUGAAUGUGAUGUUCGCUCGCAGUUUUAGCAAUAUUUCUGCGAUUUAGUUGAAAAUUUGUGUGCAAAUAAUAGUGAUUAGCCCGUAAAAAAUGUCCUUAGUCGCGUACGAUUACAGCAGCGGGGAGGAUUCGGAUCAGGACGAAGCUGAAGAAUCGCCAGUUGCUUCUGUUAAAGUUGUAAAGAAUGGACCCAGCAAAGUUUCAGUUCCAGAUGUCGCUCCGGCCCAAAAGGAUCCCGUUAGCAAGCUGGAUGACCUUAUAGAAGAUGAAGAGGAAUCCGUGGCGCACUUACCGUUGCCAGCUCCCAAAAAGAUAACCACCAAUGAUCUGAACGUUGAGGAAGAAGAUGAUGAAUUUCUGCGUAAAAAGGCGAUUCCGGAAGUGAAACCCAGUCCACUGCCACCUCCGCCUUCCCUGGCCAAUGCUCGGUCAAAAGUAAGAAAUGGCAAAGUACAAAUCACCAUACCGUCCCUGAAAGAUUUCAAGGAUGAGGACGAUUUCAAACCUAAGGCCAAACCGAUAGUCGGCGCGGAACUUCCCCAAAGGGCCACCGGGCUUCUCGGCAUGUUACCCAAACCAAAAUCGGAAACAGCUUUCACUGUUCCGACCCCUGCCCAGAAUGAUCCCACUCCCGCCGCAAAGCCUAUCGUGAACCGUCUCAUCCCGGAUUCAGUGGCAAACCGACCGCGAAACGUUCAACCCGGACAGAAAUCCUCCAAAAAACUCCACCCCAAGAAGGCAGAUACCGCCAAAACGACAGGAAAUGACGACGAAUCCAGCGAUGAGGACGAAAAGCUGGAUUUCUUCUCGCUAAACAUGGACGAGAAGCUGCCGGAAAUCAGCUCGAACGAGAUAAACGCCAUGGUGGCCAAACGAGCUGCCAAAAUGGCCGAGGCCGCCAAGAAAUUCGACGAACCGGAAGAACAGGACCAGCAACAGCCCGGAACCAGUGGUCUGCAGCAGAUGCUCCCCCCACCAUUGCCGGAAGAUCCGGAAGACCUGGCCAACGAGCGUGCCCUGUCCUCGCUGAUCGGUGGCAACAAAGCGAAGCGGGCCCGUCUCGAAGAGGUCAACAUCAUCGACAUCAGCUCCGCGGACAUUGUGCCCACAAAGGAGGACUUUAUGCGGCGCAAGUUGCAGGAUGCCACCGGAUACGUUCCGACCGGGCAUCUUACGGGGGAUUGGACCUGCACCAGCAAACGGAAGUCGCACAUCACCUAUCUGGCGUCGAAGGCGCAGGACAACGCGCAGGAAUUGGAGGCCAUGUGGUCAGCCAAUCGGCAGUCGAGGCGACAAACACAGAGCAAGUAUGGAUUUUGAGGGUAUGUUGGUCAGUAAAUUAUCUAAUAUAA